UUUAGCGACUCGGAGGUAGGAGGGAUUCGAACUCCGUCCAGAUAAGGCCGGCGGGACGCCACAAUUUUUUCCGCUGCAGAGAGCUUUCCACGAAGCGACCUCCCUCGGAGAGAACCUCUUAUGGCAGGCACCCGCCAAAAAAGGUCCGCCUCUGCUUCUCCUAUUUUUUGUUCCACCCCCGCUUGGUCUUCCUCUGUUUUCAUGGCGAAACGGCGCCUCUUCCAUGUCGAUUUGUUCGUUUUACUCUGAUGGAGAACUCAGACACUGAAGGGAGAGAGAGAAAAAGAGAGAGAGAGAGCGACAGAGAGAGAUGUCUGCUGUCAUGGGAGCGGUGAAGAAUGUCGGGUUUAGUUCGGAACUGGAGAAAGAUGAAGUCCUGGAGGGUAAUGGCGGCUCCGCUGGCCCUUCAGGCGAUGGCCCUGGUAGUAGCGAUGAUGUUCCAAAGUUGACCAGGAAACUCAGCCAUGCUUCCAUGUACUCUACUGAGGAUGGUGAGGAUGCUGAGGACGGUGAUGAUGACGAUGAUGAUGAGGAAGACAGUGAGUCUGUUAAGUCUAAGAAUGCAAAAAAGAUUGAUCUUGGUCCUCUGUGCUCCCUCAAAGAACAAAUCGAGAAAGAUAAGGAUGAUGAUAGCCUGAUGAGGUGGAAAGAACAGUUGCUUGGAAGUGUGGAUUUGGCUGCAGUUGGAGAGAACCUUGAACCAGAGGUUAAAGUUUUGAGUCUGACAAUCUUAUCGCCUGAUCGGCCUGAUCUCGAACUGCCGAUUCCGUUUAUGCCCAAUUCGAAGGGUUACGCUUUCGCGCUCAAGGAUGGAAGCCGUUACCGUCUCAAGUUCACCUUCCUGGUCUCCAAUAACAUCGUUUCUGGACUCAAGUAUACCAACACCGUGUGGAAGACUGGCAUGAGAGUGGAUAAUACAAGAGUGAUGCUAGGAACUUUCAGUCCUCAGCAAGAACCUUACACUUAUGAACUAGAGGAAGAAACCACACCAUCUGGGAUUUUUGCAAGGGGCUCCUACUCAGCCAGAACUAAAUUUGUUGAUGAUGACGGCAAGGUUUAUUUGGACAUCAGUUACACCUUUGAGAUUCGAAAAGAAUGGCCAUCACCUUCCUGAGUUAGUUUAGUGGCCUUGAGAGAGAUCCUGAUUAUUUGUUAACUCAUGUAAUACCUCUCAGUUCAAUGGAGUGAUUUCUGUAACUUGGUCAUGUAUGUUGUAUAAACAUUUGGUUGCACAUCUCCAAUUUUCGAUUGUUCCAGCACUCUGAAUUCUAUUAUCGUGGUACCGGAGCUCGGUAACUGGUUCGGGUAACCUCAAGCGUGCUGUUUGUCAGGUUCUUUCUGCAAAAGCAACUCUGGCCACUUCAUUGAUAGCACUUGAUGAUUCAGGCUACAGGACAUGGAGAACUUGCUGUACUGAAAGUAACAUGCACAUAUCAUGAUAUGGCUUUAAGUUUAAGUAAUUCCUUCAGCUGCAGCUGAUCAUCCAGUUUUC